UAGAGAGGACAGGAAAUAUGGGCGGGACGACGAGGUCCUCCCGAGCCAAAGCCCCUCCCUUCUCCCACCUCCCCAGGUUCCUCUUUGCAAGGGGGUGUCUUUUAUUUCCUCUGCAAGAGCUGUCUAGGUGGCCCCUUCUGGCAUCUGGAUUAUCUGGCAUCUGACAGACAGAACUUGGCAGAAGACCUAGAGGCUCCUUCUGAUCUCUUGGGAGGUGUCCUGAGAACAGAGAUGGAUGAGCAGGACUCAGCUGGCCCUGAAGCAGGAAUAGGCCUUGCAAUCCAACAUGGGAGCAGUGGGGGAUUCUGGGGAAACUCUGCGAAGAAGAACCUGGUUGAGGAGGACACCCUCUGCUCAGAUGUGCAGAGUAAGCAGUUCAGGCAGUUCUGCUACCAGGAGGCCAAAGGACCCCGAGAGGUUUGCAGCCGACUCUACUGCUUAGUCCAUCAAUGGCUAAAGCCAGAAAGGCACACGAAAGCUGAGAUGCUGGACCUGGUGAUCUUGGAGCAGUUCCUGGCUGUCCUUCCUCCAGAUCUGGAGAGCUGGGUGAGGGAAUGUGGAGCGGAGACCAGUUCCCAGGCAGUGGCCCUGGCCGAAGGAUUCCUCCUGAGUCAGGCAGAAGAGAGAAGGCAGGCAGAGCAGCAGGGGAAGGGUCUUUUUGCAGAAAUCGAUCUUAAUUCCUCUGAGGCAGAGAAGACUCUGUUGGACUCCAGAGAGAGGCCUCUGGGAGACCGCACGAUGCCAGCAAGACCUGUUUGUCCAUCUUUUAUUGGUGGAGGAGGGGAAGCUGCCCCUGGUGAACCAGAGCAGGAUCCCGUGAGCUUUGAAGAUGUGGCUGUCUAUAUCACAGAUGGGGAGUGGGUGUUGCUGGAUCCUGACCAGAGAGCUCUGCAUCAGGAGGUCAUGGAGGAGAAUCGUUGGAUCUUGGAUUCUCUCGUUGCAGGUUGUGGUGAAAUGGAAAUGAAGAACGAGGGAGGCCACGAGAAAAGCCACACAGUGGAGGUGCCAAAUCCAUAUUCAGUGUGUGGAGAGAGCUUCAGUCAGAGCUCCCAUUCCACUUCCCAUCAAAUAAAUCCCAUCUGGAAUAAAACCUAUCAGUGCUUGGAAUGUGGAAAGAGCUUCAGUCGAAAAGACAGUUUUACUUCCCAUCAUAGAAAUCAUACAGGAGAAAAACCAUAUCAGUGCUUGGAAUGUGGAAAGAGCUUCAGUCGAAAGGACCUUUUCACUAGACACCAGAGAAUUCAUACAGGGGAGACACCAUAUCAUUGCUUGCAAUGUGGAAAGAGCUUCAUUCAAAAAGGCCAGCUCACUGUCCAUCAAAGAAUUCAUACAGGGGAGAAACCCUAUCAGUGCCUGGAAUGUGGAAAGAAAUUCACUCAGAGCACCCAUCUCACAACCCAUCACAGAAUUCAUACAGGGGAGAAACCCUUUCAGUGCUUGGAAUGUGGAAAGAGCUUCAUUGACAGACGCCAGCUCACUGACCAUCAGAGAAUUCAUUCGGGGGAGAAACCAUAUCAAUGCUUGGAAUGUGGAAAGAGAUUCAUUGACAGACACCAGCUCACUGACCAUAAGAGAAUUCAUUCGGGGGAGAAACCCCACCUGUGCUUGGAAUGUGGAAAGAGCUUCAUUAGCAAAAGCAAGUUUACUGUUCAUCAGAGAAUUCAUACAGGGGAAAAACCAUAUCAGUGCUUAGAAUGUGGAAAGAGCUUCGUUCAAAGAGCUCACCUCAUGGGCCAUCAAAGAAUUCAUACAGGAGAGAAACCUUAUCAAUGCCAAGAGUGUGGUAAGAACUUCAGUCGAAAGGACAGUUUCACUUCCCAUCUGCAAAUUCAUACAGGGGAUAAACCUUAUCAGUGUUUAGAAUGUGGGAAAAGCUUCAGUCGCAGCAGCCAACUCAAUCCCCAUCACAGAAUUCAUAGGGGGGAGAAACCCUAUAAGUGCUCAGAAUGUGGAAAGAGCUUCAGAACCAAAAGCCAGCUUACCAUCCAUCAAAGAAUUCAUACAGGAGAGAAACCCUAUCAGUGCCAAGAGUGUGGCAUGAACUUCAGAAGAAAGGACAGUUUCACUUCCCAUCUGCAAAUUCAUACAGAGGAGAAACCCUUUCAGUGCUUGGAAUAUGGAAAGAGCUUCAGUCAGGGCUCCCAUCUCACUUUCCAUCAAAGAUUUCAUUCAGGGGAGAAACCAUAUCAAGGCUUGGAAUGAGGAAAGAGCUUCAGUCUCAAAAGAAAGGAUGAAUUCACUUCCCAUCAGAGAAUUAAUACAGGGGAGAAAUAAUAAUUAAUUAAAAAUUAGAAAUAAAAAUUAUUAUUUAUACCCCACCCACCUGGCUGUCUUUCCUCAGCCCUAUCACUGCUUGGAAUGUGGAAAGAUCUUCAAUCUCAGCAGCCAGCUUACUGUUCAUCAAAUAAUUCAUACAGGCCAGAGGCCAUAUCAGUGCUUGGAAUGUGGAAAGAGAUUCAUUGAGAAGGCCAAACUCAUGAUCCAUCCAAGAAUUCACAGCAGGGGGAAGCAAUUUCAGUGUCAAAAAUGUGGAAAGAGCUUCAGCCACAGGGUCCAUCUCACUUCCCAUCAAUGAAUUCACAUUGGGGGCAAUCUAUAGUAGUGGCUGUAUACAGAUUUAAUUUUAGGAGACAUUAGUUAGUAUGAGGUAAUGAUUGCAGCUGGGUUCUUUGCCAUAUCUGGUGCCUCAUAGUAAUUCCUACUAUGUACCCAGAAAUGUGACUUGCAAAAUAAACAAAAUCAUUCCGGUAGCACCUUAGAGACCAACUAAGUUUGUCAUUGGUAUGAGCUUUUGUGUGCAUGCACACUUCUUCAGAUACCUUCAGAUUCCGAUGACAAACUUAGUUGGUCUCUAAGGUGCUACUGGAAGGAAAUUUUUUAUUUUGUUUCGACUACGGCAGACCAACACGGCUACCUACCUGUAACUGUGACUUGCAAGUUCUUGGCCAAGGUGUUUAAUACCUUCUUCACAGUGUCCUUUCUCUUGGCAGAUCAAGAUGAGCAGAUGACAACAAAGGUUGCAAGGUUUUUAGCUGGGGCAAUUAGAAUAAGUUCCACCAUUUGAUUAUUGACUCAAAACCCUGAAUAGUAUUUUAUGUAACUGACUUUUUAUUUUUAUUCUUUGUAUAUCGUAUUGUGGUUUUAUUGGUAUGGCGGGUGAGUGCCGCAAAUUAAGGUUGACACAUUCAUUCAAUAGCUUCUUCAUGUCAUGCCUGGGGAGAGGAAGAAGAGUGAUUUGGUGACACUGAUAAGGCUGCUGUGCAUGUUGACCUUUCUUUUAAAAAAAAAUUAUCGAAAUUUUAUUUACAACAUGACACAUACCCCAAUACACAAAUCCACUGUCAUUAAGCAUAAACUUAACAUACAAUAAACAUAACAUACAACAAUACAAAUAACCAAAUAAAAAAUUUCCUUUAUCCUGUGUCUCGCCUCCUUAUUUACUUC